CACACAUUCUCAAAACACUUUCACACCCCACCCCCCUCCACUCCACUUACACAUCAACACACCAAAUGGAAAAGACCACCGUAAAACCCUCACCACCACCAUCCCAACCAACCCUAAACCUACCGUGGAAAACACGCCUCCUUCUCUCCAUCAUCUCCACCGCCACCGACGCCGCCUGCCGGAAAAACGGCACCGUCAACCGCCGUCUCCUCAACCUCGUCGACUUCCGCGCUCCACCAUCUUCUAAAUCCACCAACGGCGUCACCUCACACGACGUCGUAAUCGAUCCAAUUCGCAACCUCUGGUUCCGCACCUACAUACCUACUAACCAGACACACUCCGAUCUACCUGUCAUCGUCUUCUUCCACGGCGGCGGUUUUGUUUUUCUGGCGCCGGAUGUGGUUGCGUACGACGCCGUUUGCAGACGGUUUGCGAGGAAGUUGCCGGCGGUUGUGGUGUCGGUUAAUUACCGGCUUGCGCCGGAGCAUAGGUAUCCGGCGCAACAUGAAGAUUGUUUUGAUGUGUUGAAGUUUUUGGAUGAUGAAGAGAAUUGGUUGAGAUCGUUGAAGGUGAAUGUGGAUUUGAGAAGGUGCUUUCUUGUUGGCGAUAGUGCUGGUGGGAAUUUGGCUCAUCAUGUUACUCAACGAGCGUGUGAGUUCAAGUUCCGGCGACUUAAGGUGAUCGGAGUAGUGGCAAUACAACCAUUCUUCGGCGGAGAGGACCGAACGGAAUCGGAGAUCAGACUUGAAGGAACACCGAUCGUUUCGCUAAAGCGAACAGACUGGACGUGGAAGGCGUUUUUGCCACAAGGUGAAGAGUUCAACCGUGACCAUCCGAUCGUCAACGUCAGCGGCCCGAAUGCAGUGGACAUAUCAAAAAUCAAUUUCCCACCGACAAUGGUGGUGGUGGCCGGGUUUGAUGCUCUACACGACUGGCAAAAGCGGUACUACGAGUGGAUGAAGAAAUCCGGCAAGGAGGUGUACUUGUAUGAGUAUCCGACGAUGUGCCACGCGUUCUACAUUUUCCCGGAGUUGCCGGAAUCCCGACAACUUAUUGACCAAGUGAAAGAGUUUGUUCGGUCGGUAUCAGUUCAGUACGGUGAUGUAACAAUGUUGGGAAAUAAUGGACAAAUGGGAUAAAGCCCCUUCUACUACUCAUGCAUUAAAAGUUGUACCAAAUGCAUCAAAUAUGGUACAAUUAGUGGGUUAUGUUGGAUAUCCAUGUGAUCUUUAACCUAAAAGUGUCUAAAAAAGGCUUGACGUCAUGAGUUAAAAUUUUUAUGAAAUAUAAUAUUGGGUUAUAAUAUUGAAAUUGAAUAUGUUGCCCACCA